CUCAUUACCUCAGGUGAUCCGCCCGCCUCAGCCUCCCAAAGUGCUGGGAUUACAGGCGUGACUACCUCGCCCGGCCGGCUUCUUAAAAGAUUUGUGUUCCUGAACAUUUCACAUGUGAGAAAGCAGAGAAUAACCUGACACUUAUUUUGUUUGUAAACAACAAACAAAAAACCUUUGUGCCUCUCCUUCUUUUCUUUCCCCUGGGUGCGGAUACCUUCCCAACAUUGAGAGUCCCCUUUGGAAACUUUACGGAGUGAUGUGUUCUCAGCCCACUCUCUGUCUUUUCCUGGUUCUGUUUCAGAACUGCCUGGGGUUGACCCAAGAGACACACAGCUGCCCUGUCUCUGGGAAGGUCUAGUGAAUAUCAGCCCCUGGGUCAUUUCUCCCAGUGAGCAGCCUGAGGGGGUGGGGCCUCACAGAAAACAGCUGGAUGCCUGGGUGGGAUGGGAGGAAUCUUCUGGUAUAUCAUUUCUAUAAAAAGCUAACCCUUGGGACAAUCACCUUUUUCCUCCCCAACCCCAGUUUCCAUUCCUUGGGGACACAGGCUGGUCAGCCAAUUGAAUGAUCGUAUUUGGGGGAGAAGACAGAAAUGAUUUCUUCCUUCCUGACUCUCAGACUAGUGAAGAGAGAAAACAAUAUGAUUCAGUUGCCUUUGAGGAUGUGGCUGUGAACUUCACCCGGGAAGAGUGGGCUUUGCUGGGUCCAUCACAGAAGACUCUGUACAGAGAUGUGAUGUGGGAAACCAUUAGGAACCUGAACUGUAUAGGAAUGAAAUGGGAAGACACAGACGUUGAAGAUCAGCACAAAAAUCCCAGGAGGAGCCUAAGAUGUCUUAUCGUAGAGAGAUUCAGUGAAAGUAACCAGAUUCCAGGUAAUACUGUGAAUGAAAAAACUCGUGGAGUAGAUCCCUGUGAAAGCAGUGUGCAUGGAGAAGUCAUCAUGGGUUGUUCAUUCCUUAAUUGCUACAUCACGUUUGAUGCUGGACACAAACCAGAUGAGUGUCAGGAAUAUGGAGAAAAGCCACAUACACAUAAACAAUGUGGGACAACCUUCAAUUAUCACCACUCUUUUCAAACACAGGAAAGACCUCACACUGGAAAGAAACGCUAUGAUUGUAAGGAAUGUGGGAAAACCUUCAGUUCUUCGGGAAACCUUCGAAGACACAUAAUAGUACAACGUGGAGGUGGACCUUAUAUAUGUAAGUUGUGUGGAAAAGCCUUUUUUUGGCCUAGUUUAUUUCGUAUACAUGAAAGAACUCACACUGGAGAGAAACCGUAUGAAUGUAAGCAGUGUUUUAAAGCCUUCCGUAUUUACAGUUCCUAUCUAAGACAUGAAAGAACACACACUGGGGAGAAACCAUAUGAAUGCAAGCACUGUUCUAAAGCCUUCCCUGAUUACAGUUCCUAUGUAAGACAUGAAAGAACUCACACUGGAGAGAAACCUUAUACAUGUAAACAAUGUGGAAGAGCCUUCAGUGUUUCCAGUUCCCUUCGAAUACAUGAAAGAACUCACACUGGAGAGAAACCCUAUGAAUGUCAGCAAUGUGGGAAAGCAUUUCAUCAUCUGGGAAGCUUUCAAAGACACAUGAUAAGGCACACUGGAGAUGGACCUCAUAAAUGUAAGAUAUGUGGGAGAGGCUUUGAUUGUCCUAGUUCACUGCAAAGUCAUGAAAGAACUCACACUGGAGAGAAACCCUAUGAAUGCAAGCAGUGUGGAAAAGCAUUAUCUCAUCGCUCAAGCUUUCGAAGUCACAUGAUAAUGCACACUGGAGAUGGACCUCAUAAAUGCAAGGUAUGUGGGAAAGCCUUUGUUUAUCCCAGUGUAUUUCAAAGACAUGAAAGGACUCAUACUGGUGAGAAACCCUAUGAAUGUAAGGAAUGUGGUAAAGCCUUCCAUAUUUCUAGUUCCCUUCGAAGGCAUGAAACAACUCAUACUGGAGAGAAACCCUAUAAAUGUAAAUGUGGGAAAGCCUUUAUUGAUUUCUAUUCCUUUCAAAAUCACAAAACAACUCACACUGGAGAGAAGCCAUAUGAGUGUAAGGAAUGUGGGAAAGCAUUCAGUUGUUUCACAUACCUUUCUCAACAUAAAAGGAUCCACACAGCUGAAAAACCUUAUGAGUGUAAAACAUGUAAGAAAGCCUUCAGUCAUUUUGGUAACUUAAAAGUCCAUGAAAGGAUUCACUCUGGAGAGAAACCGUAUGAAUGUAAGGAAUGCAGGAAAGCAUUCUCUUGGCUCACUUGCCUUCUACGACAUGAAAGAAUUCACACUGGAAAGAAAUCUUAUGAAUGUCAACAAUGUGGUAAAGCUUUCACUCGUUCCCGUUUCCUUCGAGGACAUGAAAGGAUUCACACUGGAGAGAAGAUGCAUGAAUGUAAGGAAUGUGGGAAAACACUGAGUUCUCUCAGUUCCUUGCAUAGACAUAAAAGGACUCACUGGAGAGAUACUCUAUAAAUGUGGGAAAGGAUUCAUUAGUUUUAUUUCAUUUCAAAAAUGUGAAAUAAAUCACAUAGAAGAUAAGCCUCAAGAAUGAAAACACAGCCGGGCGCGGUGGCUCAAGCCUGUAAUCCCAGCACUUUGGGAAGCCGAGAUGGGCGGAUCACGAGGUCAGGAGAUUGAGACCUUCCUGGCUAACACGGUGAAACCCCGUCUCUACUAAAAAAUACAAAAAACUAGCCGGGCGAGGUGGCGGGUGCCUGUAGUCCCAGCCACUCGGGAGGCUGAGGCAGGAGAAUGGCGUGAACCCGGGAGGCGGAGCUUGCAGUGAGCUGAGAUCUGGCCACUGCACUCCAGCCUGGGCAACAGAGCGAGACUCCUACUCAAAAAAAAAAAAAAAAAAAGAAUGAAAAUACAUGGUAAAGCCUUAAGAUGUUUCUUUUGAAUAUGCUUAUCCCCUAACUAUUUGUAGGGGAUUGGUGUGGUCCCAGACCCCCUAAGCAUACCUAAAUCCACAGACGCUAUGUCCCUUUUAUAAAAUGAGAUUUGCAUGUAACGUAUCCACAUCCUCCUGCAUACUGUAAAUCAUGCCUAGAUUAUUUAAUUUUUCACCAACCCAAAGCUUUUGUAAAAGUAAAAAUAAAAAGUAGGUUACUAAAAUA